CUCUCGUCUUCCUCACCUGCACGUUGUCUUUUGCAAGUGCUGGAAUAUUUCCGAUAAGUGUUCAAAUGGCAUCCACAAGGCGCCGCCGCCUCGGUCCGUGCUUCUGGGGAAUACUGGUGAACGCUUUUAUCGGUGUGAUGUGCGAAGCAGAGCUCUCCUUCACACUGGAGCCCAGUGACAUCAUCGCUGUUCAGGAGCAGCCCCUCAUGCUCCACUGCCAGGUGGACGGUAUCCCCCCAAUCACAACGCAGUGGAGACACAACGGCCUGCUUUUAACUCAGGAUCAGCAUCACACCACCUUCAUCAACGGCUCACUCCUGAUCGCUCACUUCCAGAAGACCAAAUCUCACGGCUCCUCCGACGAGGGCGACUACGAGUGCAUGGCCCAGAAUCUGUUUGGGCUGCUGGUGAGCCGCAAGGCGCGUAUUCAGGCAGCCACGAUGGCAGACUUCCACGUCCAGCCAGAGUCGGUGCAUGCAGAGGAGUCCGGCGUUGCUAGAUUCCAGUGCCAGAUCCACGGCCUGCCAGAGCCUGUCAUCAGCUGGGAAAAGGACAGACGUCCGGUGGACACCGAGGACGAGAGGUACACUCUCCUGCCCACAGGCGUUCUGCAGAUCACAGGAGUGCGUCCCGGGGACAGCGGCGAGUUCUGCUGUGUAGCCCAUAACAGUGCAGGAGUGAAACACAGCACUGAAGCACUUCUCACUGUCUCAGGCUCUCAGUCAUCUGUUUACAAAGAGCCUAUGAUAGUGGUCGGACCAGAAAACCUUACCCUCACGGUUCACCAAACCGCCAUCUUGGAGUGUGUUGCUACUGGAUACCCUCGGCCCAUUGUGUCUUGGAGCAGACUAGACGGGCGUCCCAUCGGUGUUGAGGGUAUCCAGGUACUCGGCACAGGGAACCUGAUGAUCUCAGAUGUGGGCGUGCAGCACUCAGGGGUCUACGUGUGUGCUGCUAACAAACCAGGGACCCGUGUUCGUAGGACUGCUCAGGGACGUCUGGUGGUCCAAGCUCCAGCAAAGUUUGCUCAGGCUCCGCAGUCCAUCGCUCGGCCCGUCGGCACCAACGCAGUCUUCACCUGCCAGGCCGAGGGCGAGCCCGAGCCCCAGCUCACCUGGCUGAAGAACGGGCAGAUCCUGGAGCCCUGGGGACACGUCAAACUCAGGAACAACAACAGGUGA